CAGCGGAAGUGACGUUUAAUAGCUCAAGAAUCAAAACACAGCAGGUCAACGACACCUGUGUCGCCUCGCAGACAACACUCAGGCGUUUCUCCGUCGAAAUGUACAGGUUACGGAUCAUUUCUGGACACCUGGCUCCGUCUGGGUCCUCGAACUACACGCGGGACUUAUCCAGGACCGACUGCGGAUCCGCGGGGAGCCGGAGUCCUGACGACGUGGUGGUGGUUCACGGACGGAGGACCGCUAUCGGGAAAGCCAAGAGGGGAUCUUUUAAGGACACCACACCGGACGAGCUUCUGAGUGCAGUGAUGACAGCUGUGCUGGCAGAUGUUGGGCUGUCACCUGACAAGCUGGGAGACGUGUGUGUGGGCAAUGUGCUGCAGCCCGGCGCCGGUGCUGUGAUGGCCAGAGUGGCUCACUUCCUCAGUGGGUUUCCAGAGACCGUUCCGGUCUACGCCGUGAACCGGCAGUGCUCCUCUAGCUUGCAGGCGCUCUUCAACAUCGCAGGAGCCAUCAGGAGCAGCUCCAUUGACCUGGGCCUGGCGUGUGGCGUGGAGAGCAUGACGCUGCGAUCUACGGAUAAACCAGGGGACCUGAGCUCCAGGCUGACAGACCAUGACAAGGCCAGAGACUGCCUGAUCCCCAUGGGUAUAUUAUCACAUCACCUCCGAGAGCGGGGGGGGGGGGUCUCUAGAGAAAAGCAGGACGCCUUCGCUCUCAGUUCUCAUCAAAAAGCAGCGCGGGCACAGAGCAGCGGACUGUUCGACCACGAGAUCCUUCCCGUCACCACCAGGUUUGUUGACGACGAGGGCAAAGAGCACGAGGUGACGGUCAGGAAAGAUGAUGGGAUCCGACCAGGGACAACGCUGGCAGGACUUGGUAAACUGCGGCCGGCCUUCAAACCUUACGGCAGCUCAACAGCAGGUAACUCCAGCCAGGUGAGCGACGGAGCAGCGGCCGUGCUGGUUGGUCGCAGGUCUGUGGUGGAGGCUCUGGGUCUGCCGGUGCUGGGAGUCCUGAGGGCCAGUGCAGUGGUGGGGGUCCCUCCUGAGGUUAUGGGAAUUGGACCAGCGGUCGCCAUCCCUGUGGCUCUGGAACAAGCUGGACUGACAGUGGCCGAUAUCGACGUGUUUGAAAUCAACGAGGCCUUUGCCAGUCAGGCUGUGUACUGUGUGGAGAAGCUGGGCAUCCCAGAGGAGAAGGUGAAUCCGAAUGGAGGAGCCAUCGCUCUGGGUCAUCCCCUGGGCUGCACCGGCGCCCGACAGGUGGUGACGCUGCUCCACGAGCUCAGACGCAGAGGCCGGAGGGCGUUUGGUGUCGUGUCCAUGUGCAUCGGGACUGGGAUGGGCGCCGCUGCUGUCUUUGAAUACCCCGGACCAUAGGAACAUUAAUGUCAAAGC